AUGGAAGAUACAGAGAAUAUAUUCCAAACCCGCAAAGGAAGGCGAAUAGAACAGAUGGUGGUAAGAUGGCUGAGACGGUCCAGAGAUAACGCAACCCGAGGCAAGAGCUCAACAGGGGAUGAGUCAAGUGCAGAACGGAAUCAGCGCGGUGGUCCCCAAAAACUAACAUUGUUCAUACAGAAAGACAUUCUUCUUCACCAUUAUGGGUUUGAUAUAUCUCGCAAUCCUCCCCUCACCAUUACAGCUGUCACUGCAGGCAGUCCAGCUGAAGGGAAGCUUUUCCCAGGUGAUCAGAUACUCAGGAUAAACAAUGAAAAUGUGGAAAACAUUCCAAUCGAGCAAGCAGCAGACUUGGUCAGGGAUUCUGCAGACUCUCUUACAGUGACUGUUCUUCGAAAUACCUCUAGCCCCAAAUCCUCCUUCCUCACAGCUGAAAAGCGCGCCAGGCUGAGAAUUAACCCCGUAAAAGUAAGAUUUGCAGAGGAAGUUAUAGUAAAUGGACACACUCAGGGGAAUUCACUUCUUUUUAUGCCCAAUGUCCUGAAGGUUUAUCUAGAAAAUGGACAAACAAAGGCAUUUAAAUUUGAGAAGAAAACAACAGUAAAGGAUAUUGUCUUGACUCUGAAGGAGAAGCUUUCUAUCAAUAUAAUUGAGCACUUUGCGCUGGCUUUGGAAGAGCAGUACAACAUCUCAAAGCUUUACCUGCUGCAUGACGAUGAGCUUAUUGAGAAGGUGGUGCAGAAGAGAGAGUCUCAUGAUUAUAGGUGCCUCUUCAGAGUCUGUUUUGUACCCAAGGAUCCCUUGGAUCUUCUACAGGAGGAUCCCGUGGCCUUUGAAUACCUCUAUUUACAGAGCUGCAGUGAUGUUCUUCAGGAAAGAUUUGCUGUGGAGAUGAAAUGCAGCGUGGCUUUACGAUUGGCUGCGCUUCAUAUUCAGGAGCGGAUUUAUUCUUGUGGCCAGCCUCAGAAGAUAUCCUUCAAGUAUAUAGAAAAGGAAUGGGGAAUCGACAGCUUCUUAUCUCCAACCUUACUCCGCAACAUGAGAGGGAAAGAUAUAAAAAAGGCAAUUAGUUUUCACAUUAAGAGAAACCAAUGUAAUCUGGAGCCCAGACAAAAGCAACCUAUAUCUGCAGCUCAGGUACGGCUCAAUUAUUUAAAGAUACUUGGAGAUCUGAAAACCUACGGAGGAAAAAUCUUCAAUGCUACUCUUAUGCUGCAGGACCGAGAGUCGUAUGUCACACUGCUUGUUGGAGCAAAGUAUGGUAUCAGCCAGAUUAUCAACAACAAGCUAAACAUUAUGACAAACUUGGCAGAGUUCGCAAACAUCAGUAGGAUAGAGCUGACCCCAGAGUCUGAUAAAGUCAGCCUGGUGAAGGUCUACCUGCAAGAUGUCAAGCCACUUUCUUUGCUGCUGGAAUCAAAUAGUGCAAAAGACAUUGCUUGCCUUGUUUCUGGAUACUGCAAGUUAUUUGUGGAUUCUGGAGCAUCUAUCUUUGUAUGGCCUGGAAAUAGCCAAGUCCAUCGCUUGUCUACUGAAGAAGGGUAUGAAUCUAGAGCCUGCAGUGAUUCUGAAGAAUCAUCAGAAGUUGAGUCUUCAUCAGAUCUCCACUACCAGAAGUACAACAGCAUAAAACCAUUAUAUGAAGAAGAAGAAGAAGAGGAGGAAGAGGAGGAUACAGAAGCCAUUCAUGGAGUGUAUCAAGACAGGCAAAAGAAAGACAGUGGUGUUAGCGAGAGAGAGUAUUGUGAUGGUAAAAGCAACGAUACAGAUAGUAUAUCUGAAGCAUCUGAUUCUGCUAACACAGAAAGUCAUGGUUAUAAAAUCAGCUGGUCAAGUGACUCAAUUGAUGCUUUGGAAGAAGACGACCUAGAGACCUGUUCUUCAAGUAAGCCAGAGUUCUUCCAGUUUUAUACCCCCAACUUGAAAGCUUUGUCCCCAGAAGACCAAACUGUUUUUAACUUUAACCAUGAACCAGGAGACAAAAGGAACUUAAUCCAAGAAUCAGAUCCAUUGCUUUGCAUGUUGCAGCUGCCCGGCAGCAGAGCAGAAACAGCAGCUGAUAACAAAUCUCCCAGAGACUCUGAGUGCAGAGAAGAACAUGAGCUACCAGUUUUCUCGGUUGGGUGUCCACUUAUGGAACACAAUAUAAUGGAGUACUACAGUUUGUGCACCAAUGUCUCACCAGCUAGUAGCACAGAUAAGAAUACUCCCAGUAGCCCAGAGUGCAACUCUGUAAAUAAUAUGCUAGAUGAAGAACAAAUUAACAAGAUGGGUCAUCUGGUGUUGAAUAAUGGUGUUGAAAUGCUCAUACUAGAACCCCCUCCUGGUUUUGGAGACAGCAGUUCUGAAGAGGAAUUUUUUGAUGCUGCAGAUAGAUUUACACCAACUCAAAUUUCUCCAGGUUCAAAAUCACUUUCCAGUACAGCAGAGACUAAAUUUCCUUAUCCAGACAAUCCAACUUCGUAUAACUUGAAGAAACCAAAUGUCUUAAUGCAAAAUGCAACAGAAAAAUGCAAAAAGUAUUCUAAAAAAACAACUAAAGUAUUAAGAAAAAGAAGAUCAUUCUUACAGACAGACUACACUACUCAGGUUACAUUUCCUUUGUCACCAUCCAACUCUUCUGAGUCUAUGGAUCAUGUAUGUUGCUAUGAAAAUGAUGCCCAUCUCUUUGUUGAUUCACAUUCACCUACAGUUUCUUCCUUUAAAGACACUGAGGGGGAACCUGCUUUAUUAGAAACUAAACCACUUUCACAACACAAGUCUAUGUUAGAAAGUAAAAAUAGAACCCAUUCUCCAAACCUUAUUGAAAUGGAGCCUGACACUAUGGAGACUAAGUCAGUUACAGAUGCCGUAGUAUCUUCUAUAUCAGCUAUUCGUUUCCGAAGUGAAGAUGGAAGCCACAAUGAUAAACUUAGUCUUUAUAGUGUUGAUACAAAUAAUACUUCUAAUUGGAGCAAACUGGAGAUUAAUGGUAGAGCUAGUCCUUCUCAAAUAUCUCUCCAGCUAGACAACAUAAGUUGUAAUGGGCAGUCUGAUUUCUGCAUCACACCAUUUGAUUUAGAUGACAAUAGCUCAUUGAGAGAGGCAAACAUAUUAGAUGACUUUAAGCCAGAAUUGAAAACAACUUUCACUGACAUAUUUGAAAAUGGAUUUAAAGUUGAAGAUCAAAAUAAACCUAUGUAUACAAGUUUAUCCCCUGAUCUUAAUGGUAGAAAAUCACUGUAUUUUGCUCAGUCUGAAAAUGAAACAUCACCCACCAUAAAUAGUAUUCUAAAAUCAGAUGCCAAUAAAUAUGAAAACAAUUUUGAUGCACCUAAAGCAAAAAUCAGUCAAAAUUCACCACAAAAUUCCACGUCACAUAAUUCAUCAAGCGAAAAUUUACUGCUAUCAAAUGGUCCUAAUGAUUCACUUUCUGAAGAAGAACGUCUCUUAAGAAAUACAGAAGCUGGACUGUGCAGUAAUUCAUCUAACAUGAUAAGGUGUUUCACAGAUAACAGUAAUGCAUCUCCAUUUUCACCAUCCCUUAAUUCUUCCCAAAAAAUAGUGGACACUCUUGAACUUCCAUAUAAUGAAAAUGAAGAUUAUAGUUCUUUGUUAUAUAAUACAGACAGAUACAGUAAUGAACAUUCACCACACACAAAGCGGCACCUUUUGGAAACAGAAGUACACACACAGAUCCUUACUGAUUCAACAUCCUAUGUAGAAAAUAUGGGUCAAACUCAAUUAAUCCCCAACACACAUCAUUCUGAAGACAUUAAUACUUCCAUAUCUAAAAGGGCAGGAAAUUGCACCUGUCAAUUAUCAUAUGCCAGCUGUUUUCGUAGUGUAGACACAGAAGUUGAUGAGGAAAUCAUUCCCUUUGGUGGAACAGAAAUAUCAGUACCGAGAACUAUACCUCCUGUAUCAGGAACAAUAUUGUCAAAUGGAAGGAAUCAUUUAGUUUCCACAAACAAUGGGAUUGGGAACACAACCUGUUUAAAAUAUUGUGAAGCCCUAAAUCAAGUACAAAUUUUAAUGCAAGAAUCUCCAAAAGGUUUUGGCAAAUUGCAAGAUGGUGUGUUGGAUGUGCAAAAAAUCUUAGAGUUGUAUAAAAAUAACAUAGAAACACAUCCCAAGGAUAAAUGUGCUGCAUACUUUUCAGAACACAAAACAUCUCUUUGCAACGUAUCUCGAAAACUGAUGUCUUCAUGUCAAAAAGUACUGAGGUCUGAUCAGUCUACUGAGGAGAUGUACCAAACAGUUGAAGAGACUUUCUACAAUCUUAUGCAAAUGACAGAAGUGUGCCUCCAAUUUUCCAGUUGUGUUAAGUGCAGUAAACAGCACAUUGAUGUCCAGAAUAACCUCCAGGAUCUUAUAUGCACCUAUCAUCAGUUUGUUCAGGCUGCCAAAAAGGCUUCUGAGAGGGAGAAUGGAGAGUUACAUCUCAAACUUCUGUCUCGACAGUGCACUGCUCUGACCGCUGCUGUAUUUUGCCUGACUCAACAAUUUAGAACAUUAAUAUCUCUGUGAAAUUAUAAAAAUAAUGGAUACCCCACUUCUUUGCAAGAUGACUCAAAAGUAGUUUUUAGCAACACUAGAAAUUACAGUUUUAAACAUACAUGAUGCCAUGUGCUUAGCAAAAGUGAGAAUGAGGUGAGGGAACUAUUCUUAAAAUCUGUCACUCACUAAUCUUACUGGUUGUUUUUUC